AUGACCCAGCGGCUCCUGCAGGUGCUCUCCCUCUCCCAGAUCGGCCAGGCGGCCAAGCGUCGAUCCCAGGCUCUCUAUGGCCGGCCAGCCGCCAAGUGGGAGUCCCUGGCCCCCCUGUCGAGUGUUGUGAAUAAUUGCACACGCACCUCAGGAAACAGCACCCUCCUGACCAACCCGACCUCCAUUGUGACUGGGAUCGUCCUUCUGCUCUUGGCCGCCCUCAUUGGUCUUCCUGGUAACCUCUUUGUCAUCUGGAGCAUCCUAUGGAAAAUGAAGCCAAGUCGCCGCUCAGUCACCUGCCUUCUGGUCUUAAAUUUGGCAGUGGCAGAUGCGGUGGUGCUGCUCCUCACUCCCUUCUUCAUCACCUUCCUCAUUUUCAAGGACUGGUACUUGGGUCUGCCUGUCUGCAAAGGGGUGUACUACCUGUGCUGCAUCAACAUGUUCACCAGCAUCUUCAUCAUCACCCUCAUGAGCGUGGACCGGUGCCUAGCGGUCAGCCAGCCCUAUUUCUCACAAGCCAUUCGCAAGAAGCAUUUGGUCAUCAAGAUCCUGACAGGGAUUUGGUUGGCGGCCAUUUUGCUUUCCAUCCCAGCCUUGCUCUUCCGCCAGGUGGUCAAAGACUCGCAAGAGCAUUCAAUUUGUGAACCCUGCCAUGUCAAGCCCAGCCUGGCCAUCUUCCACUUCACCUUGGAAACGGUGGUGGCUUUUGUGAUACCGUUCACUGUCAUCGUUGGGUGUUAUUCCACCAUCUUGAUCCGCCUCAGGGGGGUGCGGAGGAGGCAAGGGGCUCGGACUGAGAAGCUCAUCGCUACCAUUGUGAUCAGCUUUGCCGUCCUCUGGGUGCCCUACCACAUUGUCAAUAUGCUCCAGGUGGCUUCAAAUCUGGCAUCAGGGGAGACAGCCGAGCGACUGAACUUUGCCUGGAAGAUGGGCCGGGCAGGAGCCACAGCCCUGGCAUUUCUGAGCAGUAGCAUCAACCCUGUGCUCUAUGUCUUUGCCGCUGGGAACCUCAUCAAGACCUCUGGAGCCAACUUCAUUGCCCAGUUCUUUGAAGGGGCAUCUGAUGGGCUUGGCAGGAGGUCUCAGUCCCACAGGAACUUGGCACGAGAUUUGGUGGUGGUGGCUGGAGCUUCUGUGAACAUGGGACAACAGCCACAAGAAGAUUGCAAUGGGGUUGAUCAGGGCACAGAGGACAGGCAGGGUGAUGGCAUUAUUCAGCAACCUUUCCACUCCACAAAUGGUCAUUCCUAA